AGCUCUGAAGUUGGUUUGCUGACCAAUAACCUGCAGCAACUUCAGAGCAUCUGUUUUAACCCGUUAUUACUUUGUUAGCGAUAACUGUCUAUUUGUCACUAAAGGGAAUACCACGACUAAAUGUGUUUUAUUGACACUAAGCGGAGUGGCACAUUGUAGUGAGAAGUGGAGGCGGCAGAACUGAGGAAAACAAUGCUACAUUAGCCUGAAAGCUAAGUUAGCGUUAGCAACAUCCGUUGUUUACAUUUGCUGGACUCCUUCACAGUCAGAGUUGAGCUGUUAGUGAAAUACGAAUGAGCUGGACACGAAGAUGGAGGUGGCGACCAAAAGAAAAGUCAAACGGAGGCACCUGAACGCUGCAGAGUGUGAUGAACUGGGACGGAGUGCGGAGGGCGCUGAUGCCCUUACCCGGCCCCGAACUUUCAACCAGACCCAGACCCAGACCCAGGGCAACUGCAACCCCAACUGGGGACUUUACCCCAGGACGCCUACGAAGCGACGGAAGAACGGACCAUCAGACUCGGUCUCAGGAAGUCCUUCUGGGCAACAGAAGAGCAUCAACAGCUUCUUCUCUGUGACAGGAGUCAUAAGAUCCAGCCCUCAUAAAUCCCCUCAGCCCUCCUCGUCCACAUGCACAAAUGGAGUCAAUGUAGACCUCUUUCCUGAAGCAGAGGACGAGGACGAGGAUGAUGAUGUCAGUCUUUUAGCUGCCCCGAUGGCAGUAGAACUUGAAGCAGAGGACGAGGUGGACGAUGUAAGCCUGCUAGCUGCAGACAUAGAGCCGCGGCCUGACAAGAGGCAGAACAUGACUGUGGAUUAUUUGGAGGGAAUGACAGCUGAGAUGUUCGGGGAUGAUGAGGAAUUCGACCAAGGUGGCAAUAACAUUCGCGACGAAGAUGAGGAGGUGGAAGCCCUCCCCGACGAGCAUUUCGGGCUCCUCGGAAACGACAAGGUCCUGCAGGAGCCCCAGGGCUGCAUGGAUGACCUACCAGAGGAGGUGCUGAGACAAGUACUGAGCCUGGUCCCUGCCCAAGACCUAUACCGCAGUGUGAUCCAUGUCUGCCACAGCUGGAGGAACAUCGUCGAGGACACCAAGUUCGUCCCCUUCAAGAAGAAGUACUUCCGCUACAUGAUGAAGGAGAAGGUCACGGUGAUGGAGAUCAUGGCCAUCCUGAAGACGAGCAAGAUCACAAAGCCGGCACCUCCCGAGCACAGCAUACGACACCUCGUUGUUUUAAUGGCCCAGCAUAAGGUGGGAGAGCGGGUGAGGCCGGAGGACGUUCUGGAGUGUGUGAAGAAACAUCGCCUUUUCCCUCAGGCCGAGGCCUCCAUUAGACUCCGUAUUCCUGAUAUUAAGAAGAGCUUUAACCUCGGCAUUGAGGGUCCCAAUCCGUACGCAGCCAUGGCUGUCAUACUGCUCCUGAGCGAGAGUGUGGGCGACGUGCAGGCUUUAGUGUCUGUUCUCACUAGCUGCAUGGCGCACACCGCCAUCAUGGAGUACCUCAACCACAUGGCCAUGAUGUUGCUGGCCUUGAAGAGAUACAGCAUCCAGAUUAGUAACAGGUUGCAUUACAACAUCUACUACGUACUUCACCUGAUGGAGAACGGCCCCUUUUCAGUCAGCUGUGGUCAGAGCGGACGGCCUAAGAUGCAGCUCACAGGGGAACAGCAGCGUAUCCUCAGCCAUGACAUCCAGGUGGACCAUGUGGUCAAGAUUGUGGCUUUUGCAGGCACGGGGAAGACGACCACGCUGGUGAAGUAUGCUGAGCAGCGGCCACAUCUUCGUUUCCUCUAUGUGGCCUUCAACAAAUCAGUGGCCACUGAGGCGCAGCGCCGCUUCCCAUCAAAUGUGGACUGCAAGACCAUCCACUCGUUGGCCUUCAGUGAUGUCGGAAAGAGCUACACCCAGAAGCUUAGCUUUAACCUGAAGCCAUUCGCUCUGAGCUUUGCGCUCCCCGAAGGCCGUGGUGGCUUCAUCAAGGCCAAAGUGGUGGCGACGACUCUGAACACCUUCAUGGCUUCAACAGAUAAGACCAUUGAUUCCAGUCAUGUCCCCUUGUACUUCAUUAACAAGAUGGGCAACAGGACAGAUGUGAACCCAAUGGAGAGACCGUUGUUUGUGGAAGAUGCGAAGAUGAUCUGGAACAAAAUGAAGGAUCGCAAAGAGAGAAAAAAAGAGGCCUACUACAUGACCCACGAUGGGUACCUGAAGUUAUGGCAGCUGAGAGACCCCAAGCCAAAACUGUCUAACAGAUAUGAUGUCAUCUUUAUCGACGAGGCCCAGGACUGCACUCCUGCCAUCAUGGAUGUGCUUCUGUCUCAGCGCUGUGGGAAAAUCCUGGUUGGAGAUCCUCAUCAGCAGAUCUACACCUUUAAAGGAGCCGUCAAUGCCCUGCAAGUUGUCGACCACACACACAUCUACUACCUGACACAGAGCUUCCGAUUUGGUGCCGAGAUCGCCUACGUGGGUGCCACCAUCCUCAGAGUUUGCAAAAAUGUGCAGAAGAUUCUAGUGGGAGGAAGGCAAAAAGGUGGUGUGUGUGACAAGACGGCAGAAGAAGCUGCAGAAGCCAUAAUGCAGGGCGUCAGUCAAUGUCCCGGGAAGACGGCCAUCCUGUCAAGAUGCAACAUCACUGUGUUCAACGAAGCUGUCCGGCUCUUAGAUGCCAACAGGACGUGCCAGCUCCAUUUUGUAGGAGGUGUUCAGAGUAUCGGCCUGUCAAAGAUCAUGGACAUCUGGCAGCUGAACGAAGGGGAUGCAGUGGCAAAGUAUAUGCAAGGAUCUAAAACAAGAAUCAUCAGGGAUCCUCUCAUUCGUGCCUUUGCAAAGAAAAACAACGCCGGCUUCGGGGCGCUGAAGAAGUACGCGCUGCAGACAGAGGACCGAGAGCUGGACGCCAAGCUGAGCAUCGUGGAAAAAUACAAAAGUCGUAUCCCCGAACUGGUGGCACGCCUGGAACAGUGCAAUGUAGACGACUUUAACCAAGCAGACUUCAUAUUGGGAACGGUCCACAAGGCUAAAGGUCUGGAGUUCGACACUGUGAUGGUCACUGAUGACUUCUCCAAGGUCCCCUCCUCCAGACACAACCUGCAAUUCAAUGCUGACUUCUCUUUUGAUAAAUGUCCUGAUGAUGAGUGGAACCUGCUGUAUGUGGCGGUGACUCGUGCCAAAACCUCACUGAUCAUCACAAAGAACAUCCGCCGCAUCCUCACUGUGGCAGGGGAAUACUUCCCGAAGUCAGACAUGCCGGCCUCUCUGAUGAAGGCUGGCGAGCCUCUCCCGUGCUGCGUCAAAGACUGUCCCAACUGCACCACACCGGGCUCUGCAUUCAUCAUGAGCAAACGAGAGAUGAAAUGUACUGAUGGUGUGUCCGCCGGUGGCCCGUUGUGUGAGAGGUGUGUGUGGACACGAAUAGGACCCACUGCCUUUCUCAUGACCGACGACGUGCUCUCAAUGGCUGAGAUCCCCCAUAGACUCGGCCCACAGGUCCACGACUUGAUGCUCCUUGCACUUUUCUAACUCUACUUGUGUCCAAGGGAAACAGCCUUUCUUACAGUAUGAAAAAAAGGGACCUCUGGCUUAGAUUGAAAAGGCUGAAAAGGACAUGAGCAGCCAGGAAUGUCAGGUGUUAGGUCACCUAGAGACAGUGAAAGAUGUGUAAGCAGUUUUAAAGUUUUUUUAUGUAUUUUUACAGGUUUUUUCCUUUUUAAUCUAAAAAAAAAAUGGUGUUGCAUUAUCCAUUUGAAUAUAGAGAAGAUGGGCUCCCAUUAAACAUAAUCAGAGGCCUGAGGUUUAACCAGAGUGUUCUUAAUGUAUGGUACUGCUGUGUAUUAAAACAAAAACAGAACUGCUGGCUUGUCUGAUUAAUAAAGGAAAAAAUCUUC